ACGUCGGCUGCGCACACCCGGAGCGCAGACUUGCUCGCCAGCCCGGCGCCCGUGGGGUGGGCCUCCCUCCGUCCGUCCUCUGCCCGGGCUCUGAGACCGCGCGGGGAGGCCUGCGGGACGCCGUGUACACGCCCGCGCCGCGCGUCUCGACGCGGUACGUCGCCGGCGCCGCUGCUUCGCGUCAUGACUUCCGGGAGCCGCGGCCGCCAUCUUGCUCGCGCGGAAGAGCCGCGGCUGGGUGGGAGCCCGGAGCCGGAGGGUGCGGACGGUGAGGCCACCGCCAUGCCGUCGUCGCCGCUGCGGGUGGCGGUGGUCUGCUCGAGCAACCAGAACCGGAGCAUGGAGGCGCACAACAUCCUCAGCAAACGGGGAUUCAGUGUCCGGUCCUUUGGAACAGGGACUCACGUGAAGCUUCCAGGGCCAGCGCCCGACAAGCCCAAUGUCUAUGAUUUCAAAACCACAUAUGAUCAGAUGUACAAUGAUCUCCUUAGGAAAGACAAAGAACUCUACACGCAGAAUGGCAUUUUGCACAUGUUGGACAGAAAUAAGCGAAUCAAGCCCCGGCCAGAAAGAUUCCAGAACUGCAAAGACCUGUUCGACCUGAUCCUCACCUGCGAAGAGAGAGUGUACGACCAGGUGGUGGAAGAUCUGAACUCCAGAGAGCAGGAGACCUGCCAGCCGGUGCACGUGAUCAACGUGGACAUCCAGGACAACCAUGAGGAGGCCACCCUGGGGGCAUUCCUCAUCUGUGAGCUCUGCCAGUGCAUCCAGCACACAGAGGACAUGGAAAACGAGAUCGACGAGCUGCUGCAGGAGUUCGAGGAGAAGAGCGGCCGGACCUUCCUGCACACCGUCUGCUUCUACUGAGCCGGCCGCCGGCACCCUGAGCCGCCACCUUGCGCUUCCUGUUGUUCCUUCCCCACCCUUGUUUUGACUCGGGGCUGCUGCCCGUGGGCAGCGCCCUGCACUGUACAUACGAGUUGAGGUUAGACACAGUGCGGCCCACAGCUGUGGAGUGUGGUGCCCCACCCUUCAUUACGAGCGUUAUUAAAGUUUUUUUUCUUUAAGCAAAUCAAAAAAAAAA